GCUCGAAUCAUUCUCUGUCGAACGAUGUAGAAUACAUCUAUUUCAACCCUUUUUCUAGCAAAAUCCUGCCAAAAAUUCUCUAUGGCAAAAACUGAAAAUUGUCUCCCUUCUAACUCAGCCAGUAUGACUCGUUGGGAAUUGAGUAGUUGGGAAAUUUUUGACUUGACUUGACUUGGCUUUUGAGCUGAAACCUAGUGAACUAUAGGUAGUCGACCAUGUUGAUUCCGAAUAUCAGCAUGAGAUGGGCCGCUUGGCCUUAAGAGACUGGUUUGCUGGAAAACCAGUUUUCCAUAGCGAAAAACGUUUUUUGCCAAAAUUUCUUUUAAUAUUUCCGGAUUGAAGACCACGUCGAGUUGACUAUAAAAAGCUAUUUUUUGAUAUUGCGUUGAUCCUCUAUUUAAAACCACUGGCAUUUACUUCAGUUGAAACCCCUGGUGAAUCAAAGAAUUACGCUUUUUUCAGCCUAAAUAAUGAUUGAAAAAUUGGAAAAAUAGUUUUUCAUAGUCAACUCGACGCGCUCUUCAAUCCGGGCAGAUCAAAAUAAAAUUUUGACGGAAAAAGUUCUUCGCUAUGGAAAGCUGGUUUUCCAGAAAACCAGUCUCUUGAAGCCUAGCAUCCUGUCUUAUGUUGAUAUUCGGAAUCAGUGCCGCCAACGUUACAAUGGAGUGACAGAUGACGAAAGGCAGAUCAAGAAGCAUAUUUUGUAAGCAGUUUUCAUGUUCCUAAAUUUCGUUCCAAAAGUUUUGUUUCGUGCCUGAAAAAUUAAGGUGUUAGUCUAGUUUUUUUUAGUGCCGCGUUUGAAUCUCCGAGCAAAACCUAUUUAACAGCAAGAAUCACAUUUUAUUCAAGCAAAGGGCUGAACAAUUAAGUUUUACUGUGACUUCUAGUAUUUUGAACAUUGUAAUAUUUAGUUUAAGAAAAACAUAUGAAUAAAAUCUGUGCGAAAACUCUCGAGUUUUCAACAUUAAAGUAAAAUUUUCUGAUCAUGGAUAACUUGGAAAAAAAUCGUUGUCAAAACCGGCAAUUUUCUGUUAAUCAUCUGCUAACGAUGAUGGAUGGUGCCAUGCGGUAUUUAUUUUGCCCAGAUUUUUAGAAUAGUCUUUUUUUUUCUUGAAAAAAGUGUCAUCUGAAGACAAGCUAUUUCCACUUACUCUCUACCAAAUAACUCCGUCACCAGUUAGAAGUGAAAAUAAAAAUACUCCGUGCCCGUACUUCUACAGUUAUAGUAAGUUACGAAUAAUUAUUUGAUUUAAUAAUUUUUUUUUCUAAUUUUUAGCAAACUGCUAUAUUGUCAGAUCUUGUAUCAACACAGAAUCUCUUUCAUGAAUUAAUAUCGGGCAAAGAUUUCCAUCGAUUUUCGCUUCAAUCAUCUUUUACAACCGACACAUAUCAAGACAAAACGAAAACUUAAUUAUACACAAAUAGCUGAACGAACAAAAUAGGAGCUGCUGAAAUAAUACUUAAACAUGGAUGACAUCGAAAAAGAUUUAUUAAAACUAUGUUUAAAUAUAGAUAUAUUUUUUGUAUAUAGAAAAAAAUAAUAUGUUUCGUCCAUAUGAGCUAAAACUGUUAUAAACAUUUUUCUUGUUAUUCUAAGUUAGGAUAUAAAAUUUGAUAUUCAUACAAUUUUUCCUUUUAAUCCUCUUUUGUGUAUAAUGACUAUUAUAACAAUGAAAAUUUACGUGAACAGGUGAAAAUAUCUAUUCCAUAUGAUACAAAACAAACUUUAUGGCAAAAACAGCGUACUUUGACGUUACUUUUUUCUUCAGAUCGAAAAAAUUUUAUUUAAAAAAUGUUUGUGUGGCGUAUCGAUUGUCCGAAAUUUUAUAUUACAAUAUUUCUUUUUUUUAUCUGGUCAGGUAUACGCUUUUGAAUAGACACAAUCGUUCACUGUUAAUUAAGAAGAUAAAUGAAAAGUUUUUUUUGUUAAAUUAUUAUUGUAGUUUGAGUGUUCAUUACAUAUCAGUUCUUAGAAAAAUGCAUGAUUGCAUGAUAAUGUGAUAAAAAUAAACUAAUAAAUAGCAUUAUGAGAUAAAAUAUUUACUGAUAUAUUUUACCCUAUUUCUCAAUCAGACCGACUGCAUAUUUAAGUAUUUUUAUGAUUUAGUUUUGUAGUGCAAACAUUUUUGCUACAAAAUGAAACAUGGCAAAGAUCGUCAUCUCUUUUCCUUUUUUCCCUAAUCACUUCUUGACAAAAAGAACCAUAAAUCAAGAUACCGAUCGUAGAACGUUUAGUAAACAUUUUUUUUUCUAAUGCCUGAAUUAAGACGAAACAUACUGUCAUAUUUCAUUUUGUAAAAGUAUAUUUUGCGUUAUAAAAAGCUUUUUAUGAAAAAAUAACAACACGAAAUUAUCAUCACUAAAUACCGAUGCAUGCCUAUAGAGAAUUUCAUUAGUAAUAAAGAUCAAUUAUUUGCUUUGGGUUAAUUAUCAUUUACUGUCUGUUGAUUGACUACGGCUUUGCUUUAAUAGAACAUAACUGUUCUUCGAUAGAAAUUUGUUUUUGCAUAUUUAUUUAUAGAACUGUCACUGUUGCUAAUGUCGAACUCUUCUGUCAAGGAAAAACGAUAUUUUCAACGUAUUCUUGAUUAUUUUCCAAGUAUUGAAAAUGAUGCAUCAAAAAUCACGUGGGCUCAUGCUGUUAAUUCUCACCAAGAACUGAACGUUGUUUUGAAAAGUCAGAUGAUGUUUAUUGAAGCUGAUGUAUUAAUUGGACGAUCUCCAACAUCAGAGAGUGUAGCAAUUAUGGCACAUCCUCCUAAUACAUCCAGUGAUUUGGAUUUUACUACGUUUCUUCAAUUGGCAAAAUCUAGUGAAAAGGGAUUAAAAUUAGAUUUUAAAGAUAUUAAUGCUGUACAAUCGUGUGUGAAUGAACUUGAAUUGCAAAAAGAACAGAUAAAUGGUCCAAUUUUGUUAAAUGCGGAUAUUGUACAUGGUGGUUUUGGUUCUCGUGAACCGAUAAAUGCUGAAAAAUUUCUUCAUGAAUGUUUAUCCUUUUCAUUCAAUGUAGCACGACAAUUAACAAUUGGUUUCUCUAUCGGUUGGACAACAACGUUUUCACCCUUGAUGCCUGAUCUUAAUCGUUAUACCUGGUCAACUAUAUUAAAUAUGUACAGAACUGUAACAAAAGAUUAUAUAACGAAAAAAGAAAAUUAUUCACUAUUAAAUUUUGAAAUUACUUAUCCAAUACGUGCAUCAUGGGCAGUUCAUUCAUUUUAUCAAUUACAUUGGUUAACUGAUUUAACAAAAUCAGGAUUAACAUUUUGGUCACCCGUAGAUGAAUUUACAAUCAAAGAUUAUCCAUCAUUAUUAUUAUAUCGUUCAAUUUAUUCAAAAUCACUUGUUUAUUAUGAUUUACCAUCACCAAUUGAUAAAUAUAUUCAAAAUAAUUUUUAUAAUGAUAACUAUAUUAAUAAUUCAUUAGAAUCAUUUCCAUCUAUGAAAGAUUUUUGGCAAACAGAUAAUUCUGAUGAUAUUCUUUUAUCACAAUUUUCAGCACUAUUAUUAAAAUCACACGUAUUUUUACGUACAAAACAAACAUCAUCUAAAUUAACUAAUCAAAGUUGUAAUUGGAUAGGUACUAUUGAAUUUCUAGAAGAAAAUACGGAUUCAUCACAGGCUGUUCUGUGUUAUCUUGCUGAAAUAAAUGAUUUAUCCAAAGCAGGAAUGACUAUUACAAUUUGGAAAAAUGGUACUAUUGAACUUAUAUAUCAGAACAAUAGUGGUACAUUACAAAUUGAUAAAUCUAAUGUAUUACCAAGUUCUGUUUACUCAUUUAAACUUAUCGAUAUGAAUUCAUCGAUUCAAAUUGAAAUAUCAUCGGAUAAUCCCUAUAAUUUAAUGAGAAAUGAAACAAUUCCUGUACUCGUAAAAUUGACAGCUUAUUUAGAUCCGCCUAAUACACAAUUUUCAUCUUCAUUAUCAGUAGAUAAUUCCAAAAAAGCUUAUCAUGCUGCUGUCAUGGGACGAAAUAUAGAUUCAGGUUUAGCGAUAACAAAAUUUCAUAUUUUUCAACAUGAGGUAGCUAUUGAACGCAUGUCUUAA